AUGACGACACAAACAAGCGAUAUCCCAGAAAAAGCCGAAGUCAGCCAUGUCCACAAUACUUCUACCGACGCAGAGUCGGACGACCCAUGCCACGAUACCGUCUUCACACCAGAAGAACAACGCAAAAUAAGACGGCAGAUCGACCGACGUCUCGUCAUACCAAUAGGAAUAAUGUACUGCGUCGCCUUCAUGGACCGCACAAACAUGAGCGUCGCAAGCAUUGCAGGCAUGACCAAGGAUCUUGAACUCACCGGGAAUAAAUACAAUAUUGCCAACCUAGUCUUCUUCAUCACAUACACCCUUCUUCAACCUCCGUCGACUGUACUUAUUCGUCGGAUUGGUCCCCGGCUUCACCUCGCUGCGAUUACUCUUUCUUGGGGCGCAGUCAUGAUUGGCAUGGGUUUCGUGACCAACUUUGGGCAACUUGCGGCGCUGCGAACAGUGUUGGGCUUUUUUGAGGCUGGGUUCUUUCCGGGAUGUGUCUACCUGCUUAGUACCUGGUAUACUCGAUAUGAAGUCGGCAAACGGUAUUCCAUCUUUUACCUGCUAGGUGCAAUCGCAGCAGCCUUUUCUGGCAUUCUAGCCUACGGUAUCAUGCAACUAAAAGGUCACGCCGGCCUCAACGGCUGGCGCUGGAUCUUCAUCCUAGAAGGCGUACUCACAUGUGUUAUAGGUAUCGCCGGAUACUGGUUCCUAGUCGACUUUCCGGACUCAAAACGCUCCACGUGGAUGUUUCUAGGGAAAGCUGAACGCCAAUGGGUCGUCAACCGAAUCCAACAAGAUCGCGGCGACUCGCAGGUUUCCAAAUUCAAUCUCUCCAAAUUCCUCCGCAGCGGAUCCGAUUGGAAAGUAUGGGCAUAUGCAGUAAUCUUCUUCAACACAGGCACCAUUACCUACGCACUGGCAUACACCCUCCCCAUCAUCCUCGUCGACAGCAUGGGCUUCAGCGUCGGUGCAGCGCAGUGCCUCAUCGCUCCGCCGUACGCUUUCGCCGCGAUCAUCAUGCUUUCUACAGCCUGGGCAGGCGACAAGUACCGACUCCGAGGGCCGGUCAUCAUUUUUAAUAUGCUGCUGUGCCUUAUUGGUUUGCCAAUCAUGGGCUGGGCCAGCAGCGCUGCCGUCCGAUACGUAGGCGUGUUCUUUGUGGUUGCCGGCACGAACAGCAAUAUCCCUGGUGUGAUGGCCUUUCAAGCAAAUAAUAUUCGGGGCCAGUGGAAGCGCGCAUUUUGUAGUGCUACAUUGGUUGGGUUUGGUGGUAUUGGUGGAAUUGCUGGCAGUCUUGUUUUCCGCAGCCAGGAUAAGGCGAAUGGGUAUAAGCCUGGCAUGUGGGCUUGUAUAGCAUUCGCACUGUUGACGGUGUUGCUUGUGCUUGUUUGUGAUUUGAGCUUUUGGAGGCAGAAUAAGUUGGCCGACCAGGAGGCAAAGAUUCUUGAAGCGCUUGAGGAUGAUGCUACUGCCGACUUCCGGUAUACAUACUAG